UGAGCCUUACACAGAUGGCACUGACAACAUUGGCACCCUGGCCUUCUCCUUUCCUCCUCCACCCCACGCUGUAGAGAUGCAACAAGGAUGUAGGCAAAGGCAGGAGCGGAGGAAAGGGUGCAAGGCACUCCCUUUGCUGCGUUCGGAAGAACUAAGGAAUUCAGCAGAUUCUUCUCCUCUCCGUCCAAAGCCACCUAUGGCUCCUUCUGCUCUGUGGAUCUCUCUCCUCCUGCUCCUGUUUGCUCCUAGGUUGCAAAGCAAAGCUCCUCCGAAAAUUGCCAGCAAAGUUGUCAACACAAGCAAGUCCGCCCUCCGCCUGCUCUCUGACUAUCUAUUCACCAACUACAAGAAGGGGGUCCGUCCCGUCCGGAACUGGAGGAAGACCACUAACGUGGCCAUCGAUGUCAUGAUCUAUGCCAUUCUAAGCGUGGAUGAAAAAAACCAGGUCCUGACAACAUAUAUCUGGUACAGACAGCAAUGGAUCGACGAGUUUCUGCAAUGGAAUCCACAGGACUUUGACAACAUCACCCAGAUGUCUGUUCCUACCGAUGCCAUCUGGGUGCCAGAUAUUCUGAUCAAUGAGUUUGUGGAUGUGGGCAAAUCCCCCGAUAUUCCCUACGUUUACAUCCUCCAUCAUGGGGAAGUCCGGAACCUCAAGCCAGUCCAAGUCGUAACUGCCUGCAGCCUGGACAUCUACAACUUCCCCUUCGAUGUCCAGAACUGCUCUUUGACCUUCACCAGCUGGCUACAUAACAUCCGAGACAUCAACAUCUCCUUGUGGCGGAGCCCAGAGGAAGUGAAACAUGACAAGAGUGUUUUCAUGAACCAAGGGGAAUGGGAACUCCUGCAUGUACUCAGCCAAUUCCGAGAAUUCAGUGUUGGGGACAGUGAUUCCUAUGCGGAGAUGAAGUUCUUUGUGGUCAUCCGGAGGCGCCCGCUCUUUUAUGCCGUCAGCCUGCUGCUGCCCAGCAUCUUCCUGAUGGUCAUGGACAUUGUGGGGUUCUACCUCCCUCCAGACAGUGGGGAGAGGGUCUCAUUCAAGAUCACCCUGCUCCUGGGCUAUUCUGUUUUCCUCAUCAUUGUCUCUGACACUCUGCCAGCCACUGCCAUCGGGACUCCGCUCAUUGGGGUCUAUUUUGUGGUAUGCAUGGCCCUGUUGGUCAUCAGCUUGACUGAGACCAUCCUCAUUGUGCGUCUGGUACACAAGCAGGACCUGCAGCCCCACGUCCCCGAGUGGGUCAAGCGCUGGGUCCUGGAGCGAGCCACCAUCUUGCUCUGCAUCCGGGAUAGGCACACCUUCUGCCCAGUCCGCACACAGAGCUCUGACAUCUCCAGGAGCAUGGAGAACAAUGACAGCACAGCCAAACUGAACCACUACAACUGCGAGAACAUCCGUGAUUAUGAAGGAGGGACAAGUGCAUCAACUCAGUCGCAGGGGGAGAAUUCGCUGGUGGUGGAAAACAUCCUCCAGGAGAUAUCAUCCAUCCGCCAGUUCCUGGAGAAGCGGGAUGAAUUCCGUGACAUUGCCCGGGAAUGGUUGCAAGUGGGCUACGUCCUGGAUGUGCUUCUCUUCCGGGCCUACCUGGUAGCCGUGUUGGCUUAUAGCCUCACAUUGGGCACCCUGUGGUCCAUCUGGCAGUAUGCCUGAGGCACGCCAGGACUUGCCCCAUAGACGGGCAGCCAGGCAGUGGCAUUCAAUGAGUCUCCUUGAGGCUUGCUGACAUGCAUUUUAAUAGCAGAGGGUCAGGAUCUGGGGUACGUUCGCUAUUGUUGUUCCCAGUCAUGCCUCACUAAUCCUGGUGACUUCCAAGUGUUUCUCAAGACUGGUCAGUGUAUAUCUAUGUAAUUACUGAGGUGCGAUACUUGCUUAGCAGAGUUGUGUAUUCCACCUUCGAUUGCCCGCCUUAGCUAUGAAUA